AUGGCUGAAGAGGAGCACCGUUGUCCGUGCACGGAGAGCCCAAAAGACAGUAGACCAGCUCUACCGGAAUGCAUUUGUCCAAGAGAUGAGCAUGACCUGGUCAAGCAUGAUGAGGACUGCAUUUACUAUCGGAAUGAGACCCUUAUCUUCCCGAAGGAAAUCGACACUUGCGGCUGUGUAUCUCCGCCACCGGAAGACGGCGUUUGCGCAUGCUGUCGCUGUCCCCACGAUCAAUGUCGCUGCAAGAUGGCCGGAAGGGAAGUCUUUGACGAAUGGCGCAGCAAGCGCGAUAUUGGCGCAAUGCCGGCUGUGCUCGACUCAACCCAUCCCCUGAUGCACCGGUUCCAACAAACCCUUAAACACUUCUUGGAGAAGGAAAAUACAAUCGCUGAAGAGGAAAUAUUAAAUUUGCGUGAGGAAUUGCGGCUUAGCAAAAUCGCUUACGAAAAAGAUCUAGAAGCAAUUUAUAGAAGUGAUCACGAUACCAAUGCCCAAAGGGUUCUGAUAGAAGAAUAUGAAGGAACGCUGGCUAAGAGCACAGCAGACCGGCAAGCAGCCGAGCAGCGCGCUCGCGAGGCGAACGACCAGUACCGAAGGGCAAAGGAGAAGCUGGACCAACAUAUACUGACUGAACGUGAAGCGACUGAGGAGUUGGAGGCACUGACCAGCUUGUGCAGACAGCUGGAGUCGUGGCGAGAGGAAACCGAAUCGGAUUUGACAGUCAGCCAGCGCAUGUCUGACAAAAUGCGAGCGGAGAAACGAGCUCUCGCUGACGAGAAAAGACAAUUGGAUAUGAUUAUCUACGGCCUCAGCAACGAAGUGUGGAAACUGGAAUCGAAGCUCGAGAUGUUCCAAAAGCAGCUGGAAGUCAAGAACAAUGAAAUGGAGAACGUCAACGAUAAGGUUACUGCAUACGCCGCAGAACUUGAAGAUUUGGAGCUGGAUAAAAAGCGUCUGGUUAGCCUGUGGAACUCGGUUCUCAUCAACAUCCAGCAAAGGGAUAAGGUUUACGACUCUGUUCGCGACGAUUACAAAACGCUUCAAGAGAAUUACCGGACUCUGCUAAGUAACCUGGAGAUUACCAAAAAAGUAACGAUGGAGGAAAUGAACAAGGGAAAGGAACUUACCAUGAACAGGGACAAACUGGAAUACGACAUCGCAAACGCAAAUAAACUUUACGAUACUGAAGAGUCCAAAAGAGUGAACUUAGUGGCUCAAAUAACCCAACUUACAGAGUCAAUAGAAAUGACUGAGAGAGAUCAGGAUCUAAUCAAGUCUGAAAACCAAACAAUGAGGAACAUACUGAAGAGCACUGAAAAGGAGUACGAUCACCGUGUCGAGCAGAAGUUGAAAUUGGAGAACGAGAUCCUCACUAAUCUACAAGAAUGCCUCCUAAAUGAUAAAGCCGUUGAAUCAAUGGCCAAUGGCAUCAAGAAGAUGAGAGAACUGUCCAGGAAACAGGAAAUUGGUUUGAUGGCCAUGGAGAACCAGCACGCGAAAAUGAUGCUAGAUAUCGAAGUUCAUAGGAACAGACAGGCGAAGAACAAGAUAGUACUAGAUGAGACCUUGGCGAAAGUAAGAGAACGAGAGAAGGAGAUAGAGACACUCCAAGAGAAGUACGAUCAGAAGGCGCUCAUUAUUCUACGGAAGCAGAGAGAGCUGGACAUCAUUGUUAAGAAGUAUAAUGCUUUGAAGGAAGUUUUUGAUCUUAAAUCGCCCCAAGAGCGUCGCAUCGAAGAGUUGGAGCAGCAAAUAAAGACGCUUCGCGAGCGGACGGAGAGCAUGCAACACGAAUGGCUAAGGUUGCAAGGACACGUGGUCAAAUUAACUGCACAGCAUCACAAGAUCAUUUCAGAUGUUAAUCUUAUUAAUAAGCAAAUACAGAUCUGUGAACAGAAGACGAUGCGUAUCCAGGCUGAGUGUGGCCACGUCGAUGAAGAACGGGCUAAAGUUGAGAGGUCCUUGCGAGAGCUGCGUGGGAGGCUCGAAGUGCUGGAGAGGACUCGCAAAGACUCGACAGAACGCAACCAGAACGCUCUGAAGACUAAUAACGCUAUCACCCACGAGUAUGCUGCUAACCUCAAGGGCGCUGAAACGGAAAUAAUUCAAUUGGAAGAAGACAUAGAAGCGAUGGAGAAGGAUAAAAUUAAUUUGACCCAAGAAUUGGAUCGUGUACAGAGGGAGGCUCUUAUUUGGCAACGAAAGGGUAUUUUAGCUGUCGAUUUGAAGAGAAAUAUACAAAACGCCAAGUCCGCAGCUGGCGAGAUUGGACAGAUGAGGGCUGAAAUUCAUAGAAUGGAAGUACGACGCGAACAGCUGCGCAAAACCGGUGAAAAACUAGCGGAAGAUUUGGCCCUAUACGUUACUCGCAGGGAGACUGUCAUGGAGAAGAGUAGAGCUGCUGCAGCAGUGGAGAAGGCGCAUGGCAGUUCCUCGCAGACUUCCCAGUCGACGUACCACCAUAAGUUAAGACUUGUCAAAGCGGACGUCGCGAGAGUAACAAAGGACUUAACCGAGGCUAAGGAACGCUUUGACGCCCUGGAAAACGAGCACAAUCGUCUGGAACGUGAGGUAGCCAGCACUAGUGCUCUUAAUGCCCAGCUCGAAGAGAGAGUGGCCUCGCUCAUGCAAGAGACACAGGAAGCCGAACGUCACAAACAAUGGAUGAAGUAUAUCGUUGGGAAGCUGCUGGCAGAGUAUCCUUAUUUGAGCGAUCGGCUCGGGGUGAUAUCGAACACUCUGGAAAUUAAUACGCCAAGCGACACGCCAAGACUGGUGGAAGAGUGUGCGUGCAUAGAGGAAGAGUCGGUAGAAGCUGACGAAAUCCCUGAAAAGCUAGAAGCUGGAUCAUGCGAAUAA